CGAAGGACGCUACGAAUUUUGUGCAGUGAUGUUUACCGUCAUUCCUCUUAUUGUGAUAGCCACUGUUCAUUUAUCAAACGCUAAAAUUGAAAGUUUACCUCCAAAAGGUGUUACCAAAGAAGUGUACUGCAUGGGAUGUGAAUACAUGGUGAAAGCUUUGGAAAGGAUUCUGUCUGUGCCAUCUGCAGACUUCAUGGAUGUGCGGGUUGUGGAAGCGCUGGGAGGCGUGUGUAUCGAAGAGAGUUUUACCUCAGCUGAUUUCUCUCCAGAUUUACUGGUGAAGUCGUGUGAAUACUUGCUGGAUGGCCAUAGUGAUAUCAUUGAACCACUUCUGAUUGGUCAUUAUGUUCGACACGACCGCCCCAGUUACAUGGAGCUGGUUCAGCAGAUCUGUAUCGAUCUCACCAAGGCUUGUCCAGGAGUGAGUCCAGAGAUGAAUGCACAGAAUGCAGAUAGUCGUGUGUUUAUAGACAGAGGCACGAACCAGUUUGAGGUGAAACCAGGUGACAAUAUCAAAAUUUCUAAUCCGGUGAAAGAGUCUAAAGAAGAUUUGUAGCAGAAGAUCUGACACAUACGCUGUUAUACUAUACCUCAGACCAACCUGUAACCACGGAGACUUACUCGUGUAACAUUUACACCGAUACUGAUAUGGAGAUUUAAGCAUUUCUCACACAUUUUCAAAAUUCUUUUUUCUUUGUGCUGUUUUAAUUAUAAUAUUCAAAAAUAUUUAUAUUGACCUACGUAACUGACCUAUUCAUUUCUUAGUAGGUUAGAUUAGAGUACAACUGUGUUGUAAUUGAUCAUUUGCAGACAUUAAUGCUGGUAAAAUUGAGUUUUACUAGCAAUGCAAAGCAGGAACAGUAAAAUAGAUAUUUGUGGCUGUAAAACCAGCAUUAAUGUCCACAAAUGGUCAAAUACAACAUAGUAUAUUUUUUAAAAUAAAUUAUUUGUGUAAAUAAUUUUUUGGAAAGAACAGAAUCCUUUUACUACUGUCGUGUUUCAAGUCAUCCACCUUAUAGAAUAGUUUUAGUGCUAGCAAAUUAAAAUAUGUUUUUAGUAAAAAUAGUUUUGAAAAAUAGGAGAAACAGUUUUAUUACACGGAAAGUGGUGUUACAUGUAACAUAACUGUUGCUCCUAAUUUAAAAAAAAAAGUUUUUUAAAUUGUUUUAACAGUGACAAUGCUAACAAUUAUUACCGAUGUCACUUAUUCUGAAUACUCAUCACCACGACUGGUGCUUAAUAAUGUGUACAUUGCGAAGAUUCAUCAUUCAGCGGAGUCGCCAUAUAUUUUGGCAUUCCUGUUGUCAUCACACACGUUAAAUAAACCCUUAAUAAACAGCAUUUAGGUCAUUACAUUUACAAGAACACACAUUUUGCUUCUGAAAUAUUUCAAAGGUGAUAUUUUAAAAAUAAUUAUGUUCUACUAAGCAGUGAGAAGUAACAUGAAUAUUUGAAUAGGCUUUUGGGGAAUCCCCAAAAUUUCUGACUCAUUAAUGUUCGUUUUCGUGGUGCAAAUUGAUUUGAUUAGCCAAUCAAAUUUUGCGUUGUAUGCAGAUUGAAUUGUUAUUACAUUUUCAUUGAUGGCCUUAUUAGAUUGAUGCAGACUUUACUCACAGAAAAUAUGACACUGAGAGGGAUUAGUUGGUUUACAAUACUUGUAAUUAUAUUCUUUUUAUUGGAGUUUUACCAAAAAACUAAAAACAUUUACAUGUAAUGCACAUUAUGAAUUUUUUUUGUUUAUCACAGACUGUUAACAUAUUUUGUUUUGUUUUAGUUUUUUCUUCUUGUGUAACAUUUUUAUAUUGCUAGAACUAUAAUCUGAGAUCACAAAAUUAAUUAUUAAAUAGGUGCAAUAUGCGAUAUAAAAAAAUUAAAAAAUUCAUGGGCAUAUGAUUGAAAAUGUGUGUAGAUGGAAGCAUUAGUAAAACCUAGCUUGUGGUUUUAACAAGUGGGUAGACAUGCAUAAGUGGGUAGACAUGCAUCUGUUAAAGAAUGAGAUCAACCAUAAUGAGAUAAGUAUAGGCUUAUGUAAUGGAAAAUUAAAUUUAAGAAAGUCCUUAAAACUGCAGUCUGUAGUUGGGCUUUCUGCCAGAAAAUAAUUUGAGGGUACUUAAAAACAAACCAGACCCUAACUGCAUUAGUGCCCGUACUACGUGGUUAUGGGUUUGAAAUUUUUUGAAAUUGAGAUACUGUAUUACAUACACUUUGCAAAAUAUUAAACAGCCGUUCUCAUGCUAUAAUUUGUUUAAAAAUUAUAAAGAUAUAUCCAUUAUAUAUAUAAUGUCCAUUAGAUAUAGCAACAUUUUGAGGUAUGUAAUUUUACCCUCCAUACCCUCGGGCAGAAACCCUGUCAGUAUAUUUUUUACUAUUGAAUCAUAGUAAGUUUCUCUUUGUGACUUGACACUCUUCGAUAUUCUGUAGAUGCACUUACAUUAGACUUGUCUUUAACAAAUGGUUUGGGGUGUAGGACAAGUAAAUUUAUUUAAUGUGUCCGACUGUUCAAGUCCACUAAAAAUCACAAUAUAUUAACAAAAUGAUAAUUUAUUUAAGGAUUUGACACUGACCUAUAUCUGAAUAUGUUUUGUUUCCGGAGAGAAACUACUUAAAUAUUAUUUGACUCUUUCAGCAAAAAUAAUGUGUUAGGGUAAUUACAUUUCAGAUGGGACAAGUAAAAAUGGAGAAGCACUUGAUCCUAUGACUGAGCUAGAUCACAUAUGACAAGAGGAAGUUGAGACAUAAAACUUGAGUUUGUUUUGUUUAACGGCACCACGAGAGCACAUUGAUUUAUUAAACAUCAGCUCAUCUAUUGCAUGUCAAAUAUUUGGUAAAUUUGACAGUCUUAGAGAGGAAACCCGUUAAUUUUUCCA